CCCGGUGUCACAUACACACUCUGUCCACUGGGUGGCAGCACAACACAACGGAAAUGUCUGACUCGUUAUGUCAGUUCCUUUAAGGACGUCGAAAUUUUGUAGUUCCUGUGAUGUUGACCUGUCAGCGUUGUAGUACAAGCUGUCACUGCUGAUAAUUUGUCUGUCCUUCUGGUAGUUGCAGUUUUCCGUCAGCAGUGCAGCGAGCACCAGGUCGUCGGGCGCACAGGACUGUUUGUACUCACUGUUGUUGCCGCUGUCAGCUAAUUAGCGAGCGAACGUCCGAAGUUAGCUGACGAUUCCACCAACUUGACAGCUAGCUCGCUAGCUAGCAUUUGACGGUAGCUAGCGGCGUUAGCUAGCUUUCUCGCAGUUAGCUCGCCAGGUUGCUGACAUUAGGGGGGAGGAAGCCGCCCACUCCUGCUAAGCAGCCAUUCCGGACAAAAGAGUGAAAGAUGGAGGCCCAAAGCUCCAGCGGGCUGCUGCUGACCAGGAAGAGAAGAAGAGAAGGCUCCAAUGGGGAGACCGAUGAGGGCGAGAGGCUUGUGAAAAUCGCCAGGUGUACUGUGGGACUGAAGCACCCUGCACCUUUUGCAGAUGAGUUGGAGCCAGCUGAUGGUAAACCCUAUGAGAGAGUCAACAUGGAGGCGGCCAAGAGGGGAACACCACCUGACAGACCGGUGCGGGUGUAUGCAGAUGGCAUCUUUGACGUUUUCCACUCAGGUCACGCCAGAGCUCUCAUGCAGGCUAAAUGCCUCUUCCCAAAUACACACCUCAUUGUUGGAGUGUGCAGUGAUGACCUGACCCACAAGUACAAGGGCUUCACAGUGAUGAACGAGGAUGAGCGCUAUGAUGCUGUCAGACAUUGUCGCUAUGUGGAUGAAGUGGUGCGAAAUGCUCCCUGGACGUUAACGCCAGAGUUCCUCGCAAGACAUCGCAUUGACUUUGUGGCCCAUGACGACAUCCCAUACUCCUCAGCCGGCAGUGAUGAUGUGUACAAGCACAUUAAAGAAGCCGGUAUGUUCGCUCCCACCCAGCGGACAGAGGGCAUCUCCACCUCUGACAUCAUCACACGCAUUGUCCGUGACUAUGAUGUGUACGUCAGACGCAACCUACAGCGAGGAUACACAGCCAAGGAACUCAACGUCAGCUUCAUCAAUGAGAAGAAGUACCACUUGCAGGAGCGCGUGGACAAGGUGAAGAGGAAGGUGCGUGACGUGGAGGAGAAGAGCAAGGAGUUUGUCCAGAAGGUGGAGGAGAAGAGCAUUGACCUCAUCCAGAAAUGGGAGGAGAAAUCCAGGGAGUUCAUCGGCAACUUCCUGCAGAUGUUUGGCCCUGAGGGAGCUCUGAAGCACAUGCUGAAGGAAGGCAAAGGCCGCAUGCUGCAGGCCAUCAGCCCCAGGCAGAGCCCCGACAGCAGCCCCACCCGUGAGGAGCGCUCCCCCUCUCCCACCUUCCGUCUCCCCUUCUUCACCAAGACCUCCCCUCCGCCCUCGCCGCCACCCCACCACAGCGGGGCCCGCGGAUACCUCAUCAGCGAGGACGACGAUGAAGACGACGAAAACUAGAGCGUGUUUUGAAUUCUCCACUUUGUUUGUCCACAGUCAGUGCUACCAGUUAACCAAGCUGUCAAGUAGCGUGGUUUUCAUGGAGCUCCUGCUUCUUUUUUUUUUUUUUUUUUUUUUUUGGUUUUAUUUUGAUGUUUAGCACUUCCGUGUCACGUUAACUGUAACAACCAGUUUCUCCACAGCUCUUGUUUUUAACAACUAAUUUUGUCCUUUUGUGUCUUUUGUAACGGUCAGUAAAAGUUACCACUAGUCACUUGAGUUCUUUGAAAAUUAGUCUCAUUUAUCUCAGUCACUUUUGAUGUUGAUUUUAUUAGUCACUCACUGUCACUUAGGAAUAUUUGCAGGUGUUACACUCAGUGUACUCUUCCAUCUAUGACGUCAUUCUUAAGGUGUGCAUUGUAGUACAGUAGGCGCUUGUGUUUUUGUUUUUGGUCAAGACUUUAGAGGGGGGGCUCGUAGGGUUUUUGGUCACUUGUUGGAACAGCACACGUUGUUUAGUUGUACCAGAGGUGACCUCAUGGAGACACUGCUGAAUAUAUCUGGGGGAAGUUUUUCAGAGCAGGUCAGAAAACUGAAGGUUUAAAUGAUCUGCUCAUGUGGUGGGGCAGUUUAUAUCCUGCUCGUACGAACAUCAAAUCCACCUGGCUUUUUUUUUUU